AUGGACGUGGAUGACAACAAACCAGGAUUGGAACAAGAAAUACAGCAGAUGCUUGAACAACUUUCAAGCAACAGUUACCAGUACGAUGUAUACGUGCGAUAUAUUCAAGCUCUUCGCCAAGCUGCAUUAUUUGAGGAAUUGAAGGACGCUCGAGAAAGGAUGCAUAGGAUUUUUCCAUUACCUGAAGAUAUAUGGCUCGAAUGGAUCCAAGAUGAAUCACGUUUAGCUUCCACAAAAGAAGAAAAGCAAAGAGUGAUUCACCUUUAUUCUGAAGCUGUCCAAGAUUAUCUAUCCAUUAAACUUUGGAAAGGAUAUAUAGAUUAUAUGAUACAAGAGUAUAAAAGUUUUCUUGAAGUUGUUACACUAGAACAAAUCCGUUCAGUGUUUACAGAAGCAAUUAAAAAAACCGGAAAUUUUGUUCCAGAGAGCCAUAUAGUUUGGGAUACGUGUAAAGAAUUCGAAGAACAAAUAUUAGAGGUGGGAAAAGCAUCAUCUCGUGAUGAAAUACAAAAACAAAGAGUGCAAAAAAUGUAUUUGGAUAGACUCAAGGUUCCUCAUGCAACUAUAGAAAAAUCCUAUUCUGAUUAUUCGUCAUUUAUCACCAAAUAUGACAAUUCCAAUUAUGAAACAUGUAUGGUUGAAUCCAAUACUUUCUUUAGUCAAGCAAAGAGAAGAUAUUAUGAAAGAGAUCAUUACGAACAAGCAUUAGUAAAUAAAUUUAUGGAAUACAUAGAAUUCGAGAAAAAACAGACAACACCCAACUGGCAGGCAGUCCGCACCUUAUAUGAAAGGGCCAUCGUCUUUCACUGUUUGGAUGCAUCACUAUGGGAGAAUUAUAUUUUCCAAUUAAUUGAUAAAAAAUUUCCCAUUAAUAUGGUUCUUAGCGUUGUUGAGCGUAGUGUUCAUAAUUGUCCAUGGUCUGGAGAUCUUUGGAGUCAUUAUAUUCGAGUUUUAGAAAAAGAAUAUGAUUCCUAUGAUAAAAUCAAAAAUAUAGUUCAUAGGGCCUUCUCCACUGGCAUGCUUAAUAAUAGCGUAGAUGAAUCAGUAAAAGUUCUAUUGGCCCAUUGUGAUUUUGAAAGGAGAAAAAUAAAGACACCAUUGAAUUCAGAAAAUACAUUGAAUCUUAUAAAUAUUAUACGAGAAAGUCUUCAAACAGUCAAAAAAUCUUUUCCGAGCGGUGAUCCCAAUUAUCGUUUGGAAAAAUAUUUGAUAGAAAUUGAGACAUUGAAUAAGAACCUUACAAAUGCAAGAGAAACUUGGGAUGAUAUUAUUAAAGCUCAUGGCAAAGAUUCUGAAACUUGGUUACGCUAUAUAGAGUGGGAAAGAUUCAUGGGAAACCGUGAUGGAGUUAUUGAAAAUCAUGAUGAAAUUCACAAAAAAUUCAAAAGAGCGUCCCAACAAAAUACUGACUGGCCAGAACGUAUAUUUGACGCGUGGGAACAAUUUGAGCACCAAUAUGGAACAUUGGAAAGUAUGGAACACGCGCUUAUGUUUAUUAAAAAGCAAACGAAAGUUGUUGCGCAUAGGCGUGCAAAGAAUGCUGCUUCAUUGGAAGCCCAAAACGUUGGUUCUGAACAAGCAUUCCAGGUAUCAACCGCCUUGAAUUCCGAAGCUUCCCAGUCAUCCAAAGUAUCACAACCUGAAAUUUUAGAACCAGGUAAUGAUGCAAAAAAAAGGAAGCCUGAAGAGGAUGAGUCACAAUUAGAAGGCUCACCAGCUUACAAAAAAAAUAAAGUUCAACAUCCUGAAAAACCAAAGCGUGAUCGUGAGUUUACUACGAUAGUUGCCAGUAAUCUUCCAUUAGAUGUUACAGAGGGCCAGUUGAAAACUCUUUUCAAUGAGUGUGGAAAAAUUGUUAGAAUUCAUAUAAUUGAAAAUACGGAAAAAGCACAGAAGUCUGCGCACGUAGAGUUCGCAAAAAGGGAAGAUGUUCUCGCCGCGUUAACAAAAGACAAGAAGAAGAUCGGAGAUAAUGAAAUUAACGUGUAUAAAAUUACAGAACAUACACUUUUCGUCACCAAUUUCGCAGAUUCUGCUAAUCUUAAAGAAAUCUUUGAUAAAUACGGAAAAAUAAUCGACAUUCGUUACCCAAGCAAAACCAAAAGAGUAGGAAAUUUUUGUUAUGUAGAAUACGAAAAUCGGGAAUCUGCUUUAUCUGCUUUGGAAAGUAAUGGCUACGAGACCGAACCAGGAAAGAAGUUGAAUGUGGUGAUUUCUAAUCCUUCAUUAAAGAAAAAACGUUCUCCACCAAAACAAAAUGAACUCUAUAUCAGAAAUCUUCCUAGUCAUGUUGAACGUAGUGAAUUGGAAACACUUUGCAAAACUUAUGGGCCCGUAAUUGAUGUUAGAAUUCCUAAAACUAAGGAUAAUAAAUGUAAAGGACUAGCAUUUGUUGAAUUUGAAAGCGAGGAGCAUGCAAAAGCUGCCCUUUCCCUACAUGACACGGAAUUUAAAGAGUGUCUAUUGAACGUGAAAAUUAGCACUAUUGAACGGGACUAUGGGCUAAAAUCCACACCCGGUGGGCCUAACAACAAUAA